GAGGCGGCCAAGGCUCAGAAAGGCGCACAGUUACACUUCUGGAAAGUGGAAGUAUGUGCCAGGACUACAGCACACAUUUUCAGCCUUUUAAAGAUGCUGAAACUCUUAUGUAUCUGCUCUCUAAUAAUAUUUGAUGUGUCUUCUGGGGAGCUGGUCAAUGAAAAGGAAACAAAUCCCUGGCAGCCCAAGGUCUCUGAUGCUCGCAGGCCAGGAGGGCCCCUGUGGACACAGCCCCUCAGUCCAGGCCCGCAUGCCCCACGUGUGUCAUCCCUUUAGCCCUCUUAAGACAGAGAAGGCCUGGAUGCUGUGCUCACAGAUAAUCACUGUCUCCAUCUCCCAGGGGCUGGGUGCCUCUCCCCAGCCUCAGGCUGCUCCGCUCACCUGUGACCUCCAGCCCAUUAUGCUGCCCCACGGCCUGAGGCUGAGGAAUGCCAGAACCCAGCCUCUCUGGGCAGGUAUGCAGAGGAUAUUUGAUGAUUAAAUGAAGACAUUCAGGGCUGCAAACCUUGGCCAUGUUUCUCAGAUGUUACCUUCACUUCCUCAUUGGAUGCCAUCCUACCAGCACCACCACCACACCUGCAGCUUCGAGAGAUAGGAUGAAUGGGAUAGACUAGCCAGGUGGACUCUUUUUGCUAUAACUCCUGCCUGAAUUCCUGUCCUCUCUUCUGUAAUGGCAGGCCAGGAUGGAUAAGGUAGGAAUUCAUCAUGAAAUGUGUACUGAGUGCCUGUAUACCAGGCUUUGUUAGAUGCAGAGGCCCUCCAGCUGAAGGGGACAUGAUUCACAGCCUGCUGGAGGAGGGGAGCACGACAGAUUCCAACCACAUGGAAUAGAUGGAGAAGUUUUUGUUUUGUACCGCUUUCAAAUUUUGGAAAAGAUUUGGAGGAGAGGAGGAUUAAGGCCCCCUCUCCCAGCGAUCCAGGGGCUGGAGCCUGCCCUAAAUGCACCUCUGGGAUCUCAUCCUCAACAAUGACUACCUGCGGAGCCAAGGGACCACGAACUAGCGAAAAGAACUGCGUCCAGCCGCUCUUGGCGCGGCCGCCCAGAAUCACAACGAGCUGCGCGGCGCCCCCUGGAGGCCUGACCGAGCUCGGCACCUCUGUAGGUGAGAAUAAGGAGCUCCGGAAAUGCCCCCGCUGCGGUGGGAGUGGAAACUCUUCAACCGCUUUGAAGAGCAAUCUGGGACUAUCUAGUAAAGUUGGAGAGGCAAGUACGCUAUUAUUCAGAAAUUCCGAUUUUAAGGUUUUACCUUAGAGAAACUCUCAAAUAUGUGCCCAAGGAGACGUGUACAGAUGUUCUUCGCAGCAGUGUUUAUGAUGGUCAAAAAUUGAAAAUGGCACCGUUAUCGAUCUUGAGCAGAAUAAAUCAAGUUAGAUGUAUGUAUCCAAUGAAAUACUAUGCCACCGUGGAAAUGACAGCUAGAGCCACCUGUGUGAUUGUGGAUCCAUCUCACAAACCAUGCUGAGGAACUGGGUUGAAGAGGAGGAUCCAGCAAACAGACUAAGAAGGAGAGGCCAGAGAGGUAGGAGGAUGAUCCAGGAGAGGGGGAUGAGAUGGAUGCCAAGAAAGAAACGUUGCUUCAAGAGGGAAACAGCUCGACUGUUGGAAAUGCUGCUGAGUGGCCAGAUGGUCUGAGGGCAAAAGGAACGGUUUUUGGGGCUGUGGCCACACAGGAGUCAUCGUGACUGUGACAGAAGCAGGGAAGAAUGUGCCUCCAUCCAUUUUCAGCCACUUCUGUGGAGACAUUCCUUAAUUCUAAGACUGCUUUUGGUGACCACAGGCGUCUAGGCUGCCCUAUCUGAAACACAACUGAAAAAAACUGUAACAUGCUACUUAGGAAAAUAUAUGCAAGGAGGAAUGUCAUGGAGGGUGGUGAGUGGUGCUGCCAGCUAACACAGGAAACACCAGAAGAGGACCAGGUUCGAAGGCAGGGGCCUGGGUUCAGUCUCGACAGUUGAGCUUAUGAAGCCUCUGAGACCUCCACGCAGAGCUCUCUGUUCCCUGUGUUGGGAAAACUGGACAUAAAAUGCAUUUUAGAAACGAGGACAGAAAUGACAGAUCCUGCACCAUGACUGUGGUGGAAAUGAACCUCACUGCUGGGAGUGUGGAUGGAGGCUGGUCCUGGGGAAGCCUGAUGAGGGAAGCAGGAGGGAGCGAGCCCAUGCCAUGGCACCUCCAACACCCACCCUUCCAGCUCCUCUCUGGUGGACAGGGGUGCAGCUACCAUCAGAGGUGGACGCUGAAGAAAGAGCUGCACUGGAGUCACCAGAGGAAAAGAAACCAAUCUAGGGAAGUGAGAAUCUAAUAAGGAGGAAUGAAGCAGAACAAUAGAUGGAAAGAAUCCAACUUGACUCAGGCUUGUCAAGGUGGCGGAGGAAAAUGCAGAAUAAAAGGAGCCUGGCUGAGCCUCCAAGUCCAGCCAGACCCCGCGUUUGAAGGGGAUACCCUGACUCUGCGAUGCUGGGGAAGGAGGAACGCAGCACUGUCCCAGGUGAGAUUCUACAGGGACGGAAAAUUCCUCCGUCUCUCUAAGGACAACCAGCCUCUGUCCAUGCAAACAGCAACAGUGAACAGCAGUGGCAGGUACAGCUGCACUGGACAGGUGACAUACAUCCCAUAUGUGGGCAGACGAACCUCAAGGACUGUCAUGGCUCAAGUCCAAGGGCACGGGGCAGGGCCUGGGAUGUGCCGAAGCUCAGACCUCACCUCAGACUCCAGGGGCCUCGCUGUCCAGCACUCCCCUCCUGAGCCCCGGGCUGCCUCUUCCCAGAGCCGCCCUGCCUCCUGUGCUGAGGGCCAGAGGUCAGCCCGGCAGCUCCUCUUCUCCUUCCACACGGAGGGCCACACCCUGCAGGACUGGGGCCUGCAUCCAGAACUCUGCAUCCCAGCAGCCGAGGAGGGAGACUCCGGGCUUUACUGGUGCGCGGUGGCCCUUGGGGGUGGCUGGGUCCAGAAGCAGCGUCCCCAGCUGGAGCCGGGAGCCGUCUCCUUCCUCUUCCCAGCGAUGUCAGAGCAGGAUGCUGGGAACUACGCCUGCGAGGCUGAGAAUAGUGUCUCCAAAGAGACAAGCAAGCCUGAGACACUCUCCGUGGAGGGUCCUCGGGUCUUAUCUGCCCCCACUAGCAUCAACUGGCUGGUUCCUUGGCGGCCUGCAAGCCUGCUUGGCAUGACGGUCAUUACUGCUGCACUUCUAGGGUAUUUCAGACCCUGGAGAAAAACCGGGCCCCUUCCACCCUGGAAUCUGCCCCCCGCCCCAGGUGGAGAGGAACACCCACUGUAUGUCAAUGUUCAUUGCCAGAAUGAGAACGAUGAAGGGGUUAUCUACUCUGUGGUACGUACGAUCCCAAAGGAGAGUGAAGCCAGGCCUGCGCAGUCAGCCCGGCGGGAAAAGGACAUUUCUGUCAUCUCCGCUGAGGUGAGACGCCCUCAGCUCAGUGAGGUUCCAGCCAAGGGGCUGAAUAGAGGAAGCAGGACCCAGCAAGAUCCCAUUGGUGACUGCGAAGAGGUCCUCUGCUAGUGACGGCAUCUCCUCCCCCCAACACACACACCCAUCCGCAGCCCCCAGCGCUCCCCAGGAGGCCAGGGGACCCCAGCCUCUUCUGUGGUCCUCCAGUUCCCCAGCCCAGCAGCCAGAACUGCCCCCCCCGUUUGUGGAGCACGUCAGAAAACUCUGUUACCCCUUACAUGUUUAAAAAGAUACAUGGUUGUAGAAUCUAUUUGUUAAUAAAG